AUGACCACACGCUUCCAGGCCGCUGCGCUGGUGGCUUCACCUUCAUACCCUAACGCCGUCGCAUGGUCUGACGAGAACUUGGUUGCUGUCGCCUCUGGCCAUCUCGUUACUAUCCUGAAUCCGGCUACACCUUUUGGAUCCCGAGGUCUGAUCACGAUCCCUUCCAGCUUGCCUUUUCCAAUUGGGGUGGUAGAAAGAAAAGAUUUGCUAUCUGGUUGUCUGUUAUCCACUUGUUUAUCACGGGAUCGCCGUCCUUGUGCGCGGUCAAUUUCAUGGUCUCCUAUUGGGUUCGCCCCAAACGCAGGAUGCUUGCUUGCUGUUUGCACCACUGAAGGACGUGUGAAGCUUUACCGUAUGCCUUUCUGUGAGUAUUCUGCAGAGUGGGUAGAGGUCUUGGAUAUAUCUGAGAUUUUUUGUAGUUAUCUGACAAGUGUCAACUUUGGGGAGUUAGACGUCACUUCUGCAGAAUUUUCUGAUGAGCAACCAACCCAACUCUGCACAGGGGAAGAAUGUGCUAAUGAUCUGCCAAUCUCUGUCUCAACAAAGGGACGCAAGCGAGGAAGACAGAAUGCAUUAUCCGUAAUGUACACUGUAGUUGAGAUCAAACCUGGCAAUAGCAGAGAUAAUAAUGCACGACCAAUUGUUUCCCUGCCCAAGUCUAAAGCAAAAUCUCUAAAGAAAGUACCCGAAAAAUGCAGUUUCUCAUUCAUAACUCCAGAUAAAUAUGCUUCUCGCAGUGCAAUGCUAUCGUCACUUGUUGUUUCUUGGUCACCUAUUCUGCGGUCAACAUCUGAGUUUGGACUCGAAGCUCCAAAUAACUCAUCCAAUGGCUAUUGUAUACUUGCAGCCGGAGGGAAGUCCGGUAAAAUUUCAUUCUGGAGAAUCCAUGAACUGCAGUGCUACUCGAUUAUGCCGAGCAGGGACCCAACUGCUGCAUUGCUCAUUGGACUUCUCCAGGCACAUUGUACUUGGAUCACGUCAAUAAGUUGGGCUUUGUAUGUUUCUGACACUGCAAGGCCUCAGCUAUUGUUGGCUACUGGGUGUUCUGAUGGGAGUGUGAAGAUCUGGCUAAGGUAUAGUGAGGAACUGCUGAAAUUAACAGAAGUUGAUCAUGCUCCUUUUGUCCUUGUGAAGGAGGUUAUAUCUGUUGAUUCUAUACCAGUUUCCACACUUUCACUAAAUGUGCCUGUACGAUCGCGGCCGGAAAUGCUCUUAGCUAUUGGCAAAGGAUCCGGAUCUUUUGACCUAUGGAUUUGUGACAUAACUACCAGCAAAUUCGAUAAAGCUGGCUCUUAUGAUGCGCACGACCACAUUGUUACUGGUUUAUCUUGGGCUUUUGGUGGAUGUUGUUUGUACAGCUGCAGCCAGGACAACUCUGUGCGGUGCUGGAUUUUACAUGGAUAUAACCUUGGUGAAGUACCCAUUCCUUCAAAUACUCCUGGUGUGAAGAGCUCUACUGAUGUUCCAAAUGUAUUCGAUUCAUGCUUUGGUCUAGCAGUAUCCCCUGGAAAUCUGGUGGUUGCUGUGGCUCGUAGUUUUGAUGCUGAUCUCUUAAACCCAAUGUACCAGGCAAGGACUCAGAAGGCUGCAAUUGAAUUCUUUUGGAUUGGAGGGCAGCAACUGGACAAUUUGUCUAACAGAUGUCUGGAUUUUGAUGCUGAAUCUUUACCUGGUUUUCCUGCAAUGGAGUUGGUUUAUUGGGAGCAUAAUAUUUUGUGUUCUUUAAAUCAAUAUGAACAUCCGGAUAAACCUCUGGUUAUUUGGGAUAUUAUCUCAGCGCUGUUGGCCUUCAAGCAGCAUGCACCCAAGUAUGUCGAGCGUAUACUACUUAAAUGGCUGGUAUCAUAUGCGGGAUCCCAGUUUGGCCUUUCUUCUACAAUCUUGUCACAUGCCUCUACAUCUCUCUCAAUUAUCACUUCCCGCCAGUUACAGCUACUCAACAUUAUCAUUAGGCGUGUAAUACUUCCAGAGCUGAAAGCAGAUAAAAUUUGCAGCACACAGGAGGAAGAAUUAAAUGGUUUUGGGGUGGAACAACUGGAUUUGUGGGUGGCGCUGCUUCUCAGCAGUGAAAAAGAACUCCGAGAAAGGCUUGUGGGUUUGAGUUUUUCAGCCGUUUUGAAUCUUAUGUCCACUUCGUUUAAAAAUUUUUGUAAACCUGGACGCUGGAGUCCUGUUGGAAUUGCACAGAUGGAGCAGUGGGCUGCACUUACUCGUGAUCAAGUAAAAGAUCACAUUAAACAACUUGCAUCAGAAGUUGGAAAACUUGCAAAGAGCCAGCUUCACUCCAUGUGUGAAUAUGUACCAGAAGAACAAUGUAGCUAUUGUUCAGCGUUUGUUCCAUUUGAAUCAACAGAAAAUGCAGUCUGUCGAGGUAAGAUGUGCAAUGAUGGAGUUAGGCAAAGCCACAAACUAGCACGAUGUGCCGUUUCAAUGCAGGUCUGCCCUACUACUCCUUCAUGGUUUUGCAUCUGCUGUCAGAGAUGUGCUUCAAAUUUAGCACCCCAGGCUCUUUUUACAAUGGCGAAGUAUCCUUCAGAGUUCAAGUCGCUUAUCGAAUCUCCUACCCUGGAUGUAUGCUUAAAACCAUUAUGCCCCUUCUGUGGUAUACUGCUUCAAAGAUUACAGCCAGAAUUUCUCCUCUCUCCUUCUGCAGUGUAA